GUGGCACAUGUUGUCAGACCCGCAUGUCUGUCUAUGUUGACACUCUGUGGGCGCACAGUGACCCGGUGAGCGCGACACUUUUUGCAGUGUGCGGGCUAUAAAGAGAGGGAGUUGCGCACUGGUUAACACUGAGGAGAGAGACUCCACACGCAGACAGCAGCACGGCAGCGCCCGGGAUAACAUGAUUAGCGCUCUAUUAGGUCCGCUGCCGAGCACAACUAGAUGCAGCACAGGGAUCAUUGUGUGGGGAGAGAGGAGACACACGUUUCAUCCGCCACAUGGAUCUUCUUUGCUGCCUAUUGAUCUGCUUAAAGAAGUUACCCACUGACAGUUUUUUAAUGCCCGUGCGUCUCUGGCACCGGAGAGGUUGUGUCACUGCUUUUUUUUUUGCCUCAGAUGAACUGACAGCCUUAUGAAUAAUAAGAGCUAACCUUGAGGAGCCUUGACCCUGUACAUGAUGAAAGAGAAAAAUCUGGUAAAGCCUCAGAGGAGUGAUUCAGUUGCUUCGUUUGUCAGUCCUGCUGUGAGCUACUAGCUCUGUCCUUCCUGGUGAUGAUAUUUGUUAACCUCAGGUGAACUUGCGUAGGAAGUGGGCCAAUCUGCUCAGAUGGGGUUUGACAACGAGACCAACCAGACUCAUCCAGAUGUGGCCCUUUACCGCCUCCAGAUCUCCCUGCCGCUCACUGUGCUGGUGGGGAUCAUGAUCCUGUUGACAGUGUUUGGCAACGUGCUGGUGGUCAUAGCUGUGUUUACAAGCCGGGCCCUGAGGGCUCCGCAGAACUUAUUCUUGGUGUCUCUGGCGUCUGCAGACAUUUUGGUGGCUACCCUAGUGAUGCCUUUCUCCUUGGCCAAUGAGCUCAUGGGAUACUGGUACUUUGGUGAGGUGUGGUGUGAAAUAUAUCUGGCACUUGAUGUUCUUUUCUGCACUGCCUCCAUUGCACACCUCUGUGCCAUCAGCUUAGACCGCUACUGGUCCAUCACGCAGGCCAUUGAGUACAACCUGAAGAGGACGCCGCGACGCAUCAAGUGCAUCAUCUUCAUCGUGUGGGUCAUCGCGGCGGUUAUCUCCUUCCCACCUCUAAUCACCAUGGAGAAAGAAAACAGAGAGGAGGACCCUGUGUGUAAGAUCAAUAACGAUAAGUGGUACGUCAUCUCCUCCUGCAUUGGCUCCUUCUUCCUCCCCUGCGUCAUCAUGGUCCUGGUCUACGUGCGGAUCUACCAGAUUGCCAAAAAGAGGACUCGGGUGCCACCGGGAGACAGGAAGCGGAAGGAGAUGCAGAAGAAGGCCACCAUCGCUGCUGCCAACCAGAAGGAGAACGGCGUGGGUGCAGGCGACGCUGAGGCCUGCCUCUGCCACGAGAAGCUGAACGGCGAGCAGGACAUUGAGCUGAAGGAGGGAGAGGGGGGAGAGGGGGGAGAAGGAGGAGCAGAUGAGGAGAAGGGCGAGGUCAACGGGGUGGACCUGGAGGAGUCGUCCUCCUCAGACCACAAAGUGAACAAUCCCUGCUCGAUCAAAAAAAAGGGGGCCAAGGGGAAAACCAAACUGAGCCAAAUCAAACCGGGGGACAAUGACGUCCAAAAGCGGGUGCCGAGCACAAAGGGCAGCCGCUGGAAGGGCCGACAGAACCGGGAGAAACGCUUCACCUUCGUCCUGGCCGUGGUCAUUGGAGUGUUUGUCAUCUGCUGGUUUCCCUUUUUCUUUACAUACAUGUUGAUGACGCUGUGCGAGUCCUGCCCGGUGCCUGACACCCUGUUCAAGUUUUUCUUCUGGUUUGGCUAUUGCAACAGCGCGCUGAACCCCAUCAUUUACACUAUCUUCAACAAUGACUUUAGGAGGUCGUUCAAAAAGAUACUGUGCAGGAGGGACACUAGAAGAUAUGUAUGAUGGACUCCAUCUUUACAUGCAUACUUUUUAAAAAACUUUAUUGUACAUAAAUUGUAAAGUACAUUGACCGUUGUGCAUGGGUCACUGGCUUGUGAACGCUCUAGGUGUAACUGCUUGGAAAGGCUUUCCCAGGAUGAGCUUUACGUGCAGCAUCUUCUCAAAACAUCCACCGCCCACAGCUUCAACACCGACCACACAGGGAGAGGUCUUAAUAGAACAGAUUGCCACAGUGAAACCAUGUUUUUAUUGUAAAUGUUCUUUUUAUUUUUAUAAAAGAAACCAACAUAGUGAAGUCUUGAUCUUGGUCUUGUGUUGUCCUUUACGACAGUAUGUUGUACAAAAGACCUGUCUGAAUAUUUGUCUCUAUUUUCUUUGUUAUGGAUACAGUAUUGUGCCAUUUUGUAUGAUAUGAUGACAAUGAUGGUUAGGAUGACGACAAUGAUGAUGAUGGUGAUGAUGACAAAGUGUUGGAAAAAUACUGGCUCUUUAAAGAAUAAAACCCAUUUCCUGAACUGGU